CAACCACAUCUACCAGAUAUAGCAAGAAACACCCCCUAGCGAAGCUUGGAAGACGAUAUUAUAUCUCGUACUUCUUUCUUCAGUCAUUCCUUCAUCCCAAGAACAAGAGACACUAUAUACAUUCCUUCACACCGUCGUCUGUCUGUUGCUCAGGAUCUAACCCGAGCAUCCAACACUGCGGACGCACCAAACUACUACUAUACUAUACUUAAUAUCUUCUUGGAGGGUAGAGUCAACUCUACUCUCGCCCAAUCCUCAAACAUCUCAUCUUGAUCGCCAAUAAUGGACGCAACAUACACAAUGCAGGGACAACCGUCAUUCGCAUACUACCCGGCUGCUGAUUCGCAACCGAGACAACAGCAGCACUUCACCAGUCACCCCUCUGAUAUGCAACCCUACUAUGGACAGGUGCAGGCCUACCAGCAACAACCGCCUCAGCACGGUCUACCAGAGCAACCCAUUUAUGCCACGCAACCUAUGCUCAACAUGCACCAGAUGGCGACGACAAAUGCGUUCCGGGGGGCAAUGAACAUGACCCCCGUCGCCUCUCCCCAGCCAUCUCACAUGAAGACCGCCUUCGUUGCUCAGCAGGGUUCGACUCUGAUGCCUCUGGAUACGCGGUUCGUCAGCAGUGACUACUACGCCUUCCCUUCUACUCCCCCUCUUUCUACUGCCGGAAGCUCGAUCAGCAGCCCGCCGUCGACCAACGGUACGUUGCACACCCCGCUUCAAGACAGCUUCUUCGCAUUCGAGAAAGUCGAAGGUGUGAAAGAGGGCUGCGAAGGCGAAGUCCACGCCGAACUUCUGGCGAACGUUGACUGGACCCGGUCUGCCUCGCCUCCCAUGACGCCUGUGUUCAUCCACCCCCCUUCGCUCACCGCCAGCCAAAGCUCCGAUCUCCUGUCUGCCAACAGCUCCUGCCCAUCCCUUUCCCCCUCGCCGCCUCCUGUCUCCUCCAACUUGCUCGCCCAGUCGCAAACGGGUCUUCCCGUCGAACAGUCUAGCUCGGACUUCUGCGACCCGCGCCAGCUGACCGUUGAGUCGUCUAUCAACGCGGCUACCCCUGGCGAUCUUCCCCCGCUGCCCGCCCUUGGCUGCGAUGAGGAGGAGCCCAAGGUUGUCUUGGCCAACGAGGCUGUGACCCUGCCAAUCCAUGAGAACCCCUCGCCUUGCUUCACCUCUUGCACCGAGGACCCCUUGAGUACACUGCCCACCUUCGACAGCUUCUCUGACCUGGACUCGGAAGACGAGUUUGUGAACCGCCUCGUGGACUUCCACCCCAGUGGUAACGCUUUCUACCUGGGCGAGAAGCGCCAGCGUAUGAGCACCUACUCGCUUGAUGAGGACGAAUUCCUGAGCGAGGAGAGCUUGGAUGAGUCGGAUGACCAGACCCCCAGUCUUUCCGGACUUCCCACCUUGGACAGCUCCGAAUUCACCGGAUACCCCAGCAGCGUCAGCGAAGCCUCCAGCGACAUGAACAAGAAGCGAAACAACUCGCGCAAGUCGCUCAAGAGGUCGGAGGGUGAUGAGGCCGGCAAGAAGGCCCACGCCUCCGCCAGCACUCGCUCCGGCAAUGUCGAAUCGUCCCACCAUGAUGCCUGCUCCAACUCGGAAGUCAGCGCUUCCAGCCCGUCCGAGGCUCCUUCUGCGCCCGUGUCGGUCAACCGUCGGGGCCGCAAGCAGUCGCUGACUGAUGACCCCUCGAAGACCUUCGUCUGCACUCUGUGCUCGCGUCGCUUCCGUCGCCAGGAGCACCUCAAGCGCCAUUACCGAUCUCUGCACACUCAAGACAAGCCCUUCGAAUGCAACGAGUGUGGCAAGAAGUUCUCGCGCAGCGACAACCUUGCUCAGCACGCCAGAACCCACGGCAGUGGAUCGAUGGUGAUGGGUGUUCUUGAUGCGUCUCAACGGGCCUCGUUCGACGAGCGGGACCCCAGUUCACUGGGCGCCGCGCUGUACGAAGCUGCCAACGCUGCCGCCUCGAAGUCCACCACCAGCGAGUCUGAAGACGGUGUUUCCGAGACCCCGUCCGGUGACCGACGAGCCGCCAAGAAGCGCAAGCGCGAGGAGAACGUUUAGAUUCUUUUGAUCUAUGCGUUACCCGCUUGAAGCUUAUCACGAUGAAAUGAG